AUGGCGGCCGCCCAGGUGAUCUCGAAUUCGGGGCAUGAAGACAUGAUUCACGAUGCCGGACUGGACUACUAUGGUCGCAGGUUGGCGACUUGCUCCUCGGACAAAACUAUAAAGAUCUUUGAGAUCGAGGGGGAAUCACACCGCUUGGUCGAGACUCUCAAAGGCCAUGAAGGCGCGGUAUGGUGUGUCGCAUGGGCGCACCCUAAAUUUGGCACAAUCCUAGCUUCCUCCUCCUACGACGGCAAGGUCCUGAUCUGGCGAGAGCAGCCCCAGAAUGCCACUUCUCCCGUCGGUGGCAGCACAUGGACCAAGGUCUUUGAUUUCUCCCUACACACCGCUUCUGUGAACAUGGUAUCUUGGGCUCCUCACGAGAGCGGAUGUCUUCUUGCCUGUGCCUCCUCAGACGGCCAUGUGAGCGUUCUUGAAUUCCGCGACAACAACUGGACUCACCAGACUUUCCAUGCCCACGGGAUGGGCGUGAACUCGAUCAGCUGGGCCCCUGCAGCUUUCGCUGGAAGCUUGAUUAGCUCCAACCCAGGACCUGGCCAGCAGAGGCGAUUUGUGACUGGAGGAAGUGACAAUCUGGUCAAGAUCUGGGACUACAGCUCCGAGUCCAAAACCUACAAUCUCAUCGAAACCCUGGAGGGUCACUCGGACUGGGUCCGUGAUGUCGCCUGGUCUCCUAGCAUUCUAUCCAAGUCCUACAUCGCUUCAGCCUCGCAAGAUAAGACCGUUCGCAUCUGGACAUCCGAUGCAUCCAACCCUGGUCAGUGGACCAGUCAAACGCUCGAAUUCGAUACCGUUUUGUGGCGUGUCAGCUGGAGCCUUAGCGGCAACAUUCUGGCGGUUAGCGGUGGUGAUAACAAGGUUAGCUUGUGGAAGGAGAACCUCAAGGGCCAGUGGGAAAAAGUGAAGGAUAUUGAAGAGUAG